GAACGAAGAAGAAGCAGUUAGAGGAGAUCCACUCACAGGAUUCUGCGUUGUUGAUUUGUGUGUGGAGGUAUCGUGGGUUUUGCCUGCCUUCAUUGUUGCUCGUCUGCUGAAAUAAGUAACUCGCCCCGCACCUGCUGUCACACCUGUCUUAGAAAAUAUCACCACCACCACCACCACCACCACCAGCACCACCACCACCACCACCACUACAAGACUACCACUGCUGCUGGUGAUAAAAUGACAGUCACCUACACCACCAAGGUUUCCAACACUAGUUUCUGCGGAUUUUCCAAGCUUCUAUUCAGAUGGCGCGGCAGUGUGUUCAAGCUGCUCGCCGCUGACCUCAUUGUUUACUUCCUGCUUUAUUUCUCCGUGGCCGCCAUCUACAGAUUCGCCUUGCGGGAGAACGAGAAGAGAGUGUUUGAGAAGAUCGCCAUAACGUGUGAAUACUUCCGCAACGUGUUCCCUAUCUCUUUCGUGCUGGGUUUCUACGUGACAAUCGUGGUGCAGCGGUGGUGGGAGUACUACAUGCUGAUCCCCUGGCCCGACACCGUGUGCAUCAUGGCCUCCACUUACAUAGAGGGCCAGGUGAGGCGUAGCAAGAGAGAGAGAGGGAGGGAGAGAGAGGCCCGUAUACAGAAACGCUUUGCUCUCUCACCACAACUAUUCUCAAAGACCACAGAGAUGAUUGGCCUGGUUCUCAAGACUGUUUCUCCAUUUAAUAAUAUAGAAACCAUAUAAAUCUGUCACUGCAACCGUAAAAACAACCUUAAAACCACGUGCAACUUCAACUAAAGCCUGAAAAUAGUGGAGGUGUGGCUCAGAAGCGUUUCAUAAUAAAGACCAAAGAGAGAGAGAGAGAGAGAGAGAGAGAGAGAGAGAGAGAGAGAGAGAUUGAAACGAGAUCGAGUUAGGUGAAGCGAGGUUCCAUGUGGCGCUUUAU